CGCUCGAAUUUCAAAUGGCGAAAGAAAAACAUAAUUUCCCGCACAAAAUUUGAUUUGGCUUCGGUCCCCAAUCAUUGUGUAACCCAAACACGCCUCAAUGGAGCCUUCAAAGACCAACGCCCAAUCGGAAGAAGACGACACCGUGGCGCUGAGGAAGAAGAGGGCGCGGCGCGUGAGCUUCGCGGACAACGAAAUCACCUCCGUCCACGUCUUCCGCCGCGACGACGACUCCACUUCCUCUCCCUCCGAACCCCCUUCUUCUUCCGAUCCCUCCGUCCUAGGGUUUUUCCACGACCUCGCCUCCGACAGCGACGACGACGAACAACCGCAACUCGACGACGAAGCCGAAGCCGCAAACUCCUUCCUCCGCCCAAUCGGCUCCCCCUCCCCCGGCGGCAGCACCACCGCCGACGACGCUGACUUUGAUGACGAUGAUGAUUUUAGAGGUCCGGUGUCGGCGCAUUUCAUUCGACCGGAUCGGUUAUCGGACUCAGGCGUCUCGGAUGACGUCACGAUGGACUCGACGGCAUUCUCGCUGCACUACCGGAGUCUCGCUCGCUCGGACUCCGGCGACAUCAAGACGCGCCAGUUCGCCGGGAUCACGACGCCGAGCUCUCAGGGAAGCUACAUGGAGCUCACGGAGGCAAAGAAGAGGCCUGGCCAAGUGGUGCUGGACGCGGAUAGCGCUGGCAGAGACUCCAACGACAUGAGCAUCGACGGAGACCACCAAAUGAGUUUUGGAUACGACAUACUCUCUCCCGCGUUUGAUGCUGCUGCAGUUUUGGUAGCAGAAGAAGCACUUAAGGACUUGCCACAACACAACUUGGAAGGUUCGGUUGUUUCGCCAGUCACUCACCUUCACCAGAUACAGCCUUCUGAUUCUUCAAUCAAGGAAAAUAAGGAGUUUUCUGUAGGUGCAAUUGAGAUUGUGCCAGUUUGUAGACAACUGAACUUUGAGAAUGCUAAUAGAGGAACACCACUGAGGGUGGAUGAAGACAAAGGAACGGUGUCGGACACCGAUCAUAAGUCUGAUCAAGUAAACCAAAAUCCAAUACAUGGGUCUACACCAGUGUCACUGUCUGGAAGAAAACUAUUAGUUAUGAGGUCUCCUGAUUCAUCCAGGCAUGCUGGAAAUAUAACUCAACCUUUAGUGCAAUCUGGUUUGUUUGUUCCAGAGGUUCGUGUUGCACAUGGUGCAACGCCAUCUUCUGUACAUAGAAGCAUUUUGAAGAUGAAAACUCUUGAGACUACUCCUGUCAUGUCGGGUCUCAAAGAAGGAAUGGACAGAUUGAAAGCUAGAUUAUCAAAAUACUCUCCUGGAUUUUCUCUGUCAAAUAUAAAAGAUCGUGAAUACAAGCAAGAUGAAAGUCGCCAAACACCUUUAGAGGAAAAACUGUUUAGUUUAACUCCAGAUAGUAACGUGCAUAAAGGCUUGGUUGAUAGCAAUGAUCAUGGAAUUCAGUCAUUUAAAAAUAUUUGCAAAUCAAGUCAAAAUGAAGAGACUGUGGAUGCCAAAAUAGAUGAGAAAAACUUAAGUUUGAUUUCAGCUCAUGUUUCUUACAAUGAUGAAAAUCCUAAGGUUGUGGAAAUGGGAGCUUCUCCCUCACAGAUGACUCAUUUAAUGAAGGUGGUAGAUGUUGACCAGGCAGAUAGCAUGGUUGAGAAAGGGAAAGAUGAAAUUCCUGUUCCAAGUCCUCCCAUCCAAGAGGUAACACCUCAGUUGCGCUCCCUGCCAGACCCACCCAGUAUGCAAGACUUCUCAACCAAGGGUAACUUAGAUGGUCAUAGUCUUGAUAACAGCUACCAUUCAACACUCCAAGUAGCUCAGAGCCCUCUUGCUCUUACGAAAGCAGGUAUUAAUAUUUCUUCUGGGAAUAAACUGCAAGACCCACCCAGUAUGCAAGACUUGACUCCCAAGGGUAACUUAGAUGGUCAUGGUCUUGAUAAUAGCUACCAUUCAGCAUGCCAAGUAGCUCAGAGCCCUCUUACCAAAUCAGGUAUUAAUAUUUCUUCUGGGAAGAAACUGCAAGACCCACCCAAUAUGCAAGACUUGUCUCCCAAAGGUAACUUAGAUGGUCAUGGUCUUGAUAAUAGCUACCAUUCAGCACUCCAAGUAGCUCAGAGCCCUCUUACCAAAUCAGGUAUUAAUAUUUCUUCUGGGAAGAAAAGAAAAGGUGUCGAGAUACUAAGCAAUGAAGACAAUAUAGAUAAAAUAGGGAGGAUUGACAGAAGUCCAGAGGUUCAUAAAAGUGGGAAUGGUGACCUACUCUUACUUUCGGAGCAAACAGGUUAUAUGAGAAGUGAAAGAGAAAAGCUUGGAGAUCAGACUUCGAAUGAUGGGGAUCUUAUUCUUAAAAAAUUCUUAGCCAGAACAAAUCAGUUGCUACCUCCUUCAGUUGAUAAGCUAAAUUUGAGAUCGAUUGGCAGGCUGGAAGAUAUUUUGGUUCAUCUGCAGAAAGUUAAGAAGAAAGAGAUUCUUUGUUCAGAAAUUCAAUCUCAGCUCAAAAUAACUGAUCCUUUAAACAUUCUUAGAGACAAGAGAGUUGCUGAAACAAGAACAUUGCUGUAUAAUAUAGCAUAUGAGAAGGCAAAAUUACAAUUAUUGCACGUGAAGCAUGACAAGUUGCAGAAAAAGGUACAACAGGUAAGCUCUGGGCUUCAGGAGUGUGAGAUGAUAAAAUUAAAUUCCAUCCCAUCUUCAUCUAAAAGUGGGGCAAUGGACACUCAAGCCGGUGAUAGUCAUUCCCAGGGAAAAUAUCAGGUUUCUUGCAAAAAAGUAUUGGAAACGAAGCAGGAGCUUGAAGCUUUGGAAUCAAAUGCAAAGUCCUUGAGUGAAUUCUUACAUAGCCACUGCAAGAUGGAAGGGGAUCAAAGCUAUACCAACACCAUUAAAGCUGUUUCUGGUUAUUUGCAGAAGAGGAUGCCUUGCAAAUCUAUAUGCCAGAAUUUGAAGUUGUGGGAAAUUGAAGAUUUUGAGUGCAAGGAUGGUUGUUACAAAGUAUGUCUCAACUAUUGUGGUUAUGUAACCCAAAGGUUCACAGUAAAUACUGGCCAAUCUAGCAUAAUAAUAUCAAAUAACUUGAAUGAUGUGAAUAUUGGGAAGACCUUCCCAAACUUGGAUGCUGUUUCUGCAUUUUUGUUUGUCCUAAAUCCUCAUACCACAAAGAAAUGCAGUGGUUCAAGCAUUAUGGCACGUGAGACACAGAUAACCAGUUCACUGCUAAGUAAUUUGCUAGAUGUGGUUGAGGAGGUUCAAUCAGCUCAGAUAGAGAUUAGAAAUUUGGUUGGUGCAAAGUUCUAUUCUCAUUCAGUUCAGCGGCUUGAUUUGCAGCUGUCCUUCAUUGAUUUCUGUAGUGGGAGAAAGGUUAAAGUGACCUUUGAUAUAACAUGCUUAAAAUGUGGGGUCUAUCCUGCUGAGGUCCUUCCAUCUCAAAUACUUGAUCCUUCCAGUGGGGAACAAAAGUCUCUGCCUUCAUCGCUUGUAGAUGAACUCAGAACUGCUGCAGAGAGUGUGAGAGUUGGAUAUUCAAGAAUUAUUAGACUUUGUAGAUGUAUUUCCCAGGUAGUUCAGGCUUCAACAAAAAGCAGAUGAUUGGUAAUUAUGGCUCCUCUGAUUGCUUUCGUUGUUGCCAUGAUAGUUCAUUAGUUUCAUCUUGUUUAUCUUCGCUUCACAUCAUGGUGUUGCUACAAACGGGUGACAAUGUCGUGCAGUAUGCGGAAAAUUCAUGUUAUUAUCCACUGGAUAAUGCUACAAUGAGUUUGAGACAAUGAUUUGGUUGAAAUCGGUUUAAGGCCUGUAGAUUUUUUCAGCUAAAAAGAUAUUGUUUUUCUUUUAUAAAAAAAUAAUGGAAGAAAUCAUAAUAUUUGAAA